GAAGAAGCGUUCCUCAUCCUCAACUGGUCUGUUUCCGUCCUAAAUCGUUAACGAAACCUUACGUUCUUGAACGCACCCCAGAUUUAAGUUGUUGUAGCAACGAGCUAAGCCAUGCCUGCAGCUGAAGCUUCUGUUGUUUCUAGUCCUAGACACAGUUGUUUCAAUUAAUGGUAAAUACAUCAUCAAAUGUGGCUAGUUUUUGGCUCGUCGUAUGUCCUGUAUUGGGUACAUUAGCUAGCUAAGUUAGCACUAUCAAGGUACCAUAGUACCCAUACAGGCACAUCUUUGCUGGAGCAAUGUCUGCAGUCAGCAGCCUGGUCCCGGCUCGAUUCCUGACUCUCACUGCUCACCUCGUCAUCGUCAUCACCAUUUUCUGGUCACGGGAGAACAAUGUUGAAGCUUGCCUGCCUUUGGAUUUCACACAAGACCAAUACGACAAGGAGGACACCAAGUUGGUGGUAGCAUUGUCAGUCACCAUGGGUCUGUUUGCUAUAGAGCUGGCUGGCUUCUUCUCUGGUGUGUCUAUGUUCAACUGCACCCAGGGCCUCCUCUCGACUGCAGCCCAUGCCAGUGCCUCUGUGGCUCUGCUGUUCUUUCUGUUUGAACAAUGGGCAUGUGAAAUAUACUGGUGGAUCCUUGCUUUCUACGUGUGUGUGUGUGUGUGUGUGUGUGUGUGUGUGUGUGUGUGUGCGUGUGCUUCUCCUCCUCAGAGGUUUUGUUUCCCUGACUCUCCUCCAGCGUUGGCUGUCCACUGCAGCGCGUCCGUCUCCCUGUCUUUCUUUGUCUUCCAGAGAUGGGAGUGUUGGACAUACUGGGUUAUUUUUGCCUUCUGCAGUGUUCUCCCUGCAUUUGUGGAGAUCCUACUCUUCAUCGCAGUGUUUGGACUGAAGAAGAAGCCACUAUAACCGAGAGCAGUGUUUCACAUCAAUGUUCGGUCUGGAAUGUAGUGUCCUUCCUUCCCAGCACUUGUACACAGCUGUCCAAGUGACACAUUGUGACUGUUCAAUAGUGUCAAGGAGACAUAGUUGAUGUUAGUGAUGCUGGAUGGUGAUCAUAGUGAUAAAGACAACAGAGCUGGUUAAGAUGUGGGUGGUCUAAGCUGCAGCAUCCGAUACAGUGACAGCAUAGGUUUGAAUCUGGCCUUCUGACUUUUGACACAGCCUUUAUCUAUCCAUCAAUAGUCAGAUUAUUAUAUUUAUUUAUUUUAAGCUGUGGUGUGUGUUUCAGGAUUGUGGGCGUUGUAGAUGGAAACAGAGCUACUGUAUGUACCAAGGCAGAGAGGACGAUUUCUAAAAACUCCAGCGUAUUGAUCCUAAUUGCUAAGCUGAAUGUAUAGACACAAGUAACCAUCUUUCUCUUCACCAUGCUAAAUGGUCCUGUGUACCAUAGGAUUUUAGUACCACCUUUCUAAAACGUUUACCUAAAAAAUAUAUGUUUUAUCAAGCUGAAUCUAUACCAUUCCUUCCUUCCUUUUAAUAUGCUUUUUACAUUAAUCUAAAAUGUGGUGAUAUCUGAUGGUACAUGCUACACCUCUAUAUGUCAAAGUGUUAUUCAUAUUUUUUUUACGAUUAAAGUAUUUUACCUGUG